GCCGCCACCAAGGCCAUGAUGAGGGUGAACGGAGACGACGACAGCGUGGCUGCCCUGAGCCUCCUCUACGACUACUACAUGGUGCCAAAGGAGAAGAGGAUCCUUCCACCUGGUAUGAUGGGACGCAAUGAACUGGGAAAAAGGAACUGUCACGGAAUGGAGUACGACCCCGAGAUCUCGUCCUUCGAGGGCUCUGCCCACCUCAUGAAGCUCCUGGCUGAAAACGUUUCCGGGACCCAAGAAUAUUCCGACCUGCCCAAGAAAAAUGGCUUGAGUCUAGAGGGUGUCCCCGCACCCCUCAAGCCGGCCAUCCUCCUCCCCAGCACCAGCAAGCUGGAGCCCUCCCCCGAAAACUACGCCAUCGCCUCGGGGGAUGUGUACGACAACGGCUCGCUGAGCUCCCUCUUCGAGACCAUUCAUGUGGUGCCACAGCAGCAGAGGUGGCAGCCGGACAGCACUUUCAAAGACGAUCCGCAGGAGUCACUGCUCUUCGGUGAUAUCCUCAAAUCCCAGCCGGACCAGCCAUGCUCCGAGGGUUACCCUGCCGAUGGCGCUAAGAGUGACUUUGAAUAUACCCUGGGCUCCCCCAAAGCCAUUCACAUCAAAUCUGGGGACUCGCCCAUGGCCUACCUCAACAAAGGACAGUUCUACCCCGUCACCCUGAGGACAGCGGGAGACGGCAAAUGUUUACACUUGUCCUCGAAUAAAGUGAAGAGCACUGUGAUGGUCGUUUUUGACAACGAAAAGAAUCCAAUGGAGCAGCUCAAGUUCUGGAAGCACUGGCAUUCGCGCCAGCCGACUGCCAAGCAGAGAGUCAUUGACGUCGCCGACUGUAAAGAAAACUUCAACACAGUGCAGCACAUCGACGAGAUGGCGUACAACGCGUUGUCCUUCGUGUGGAACGCUAACGAAGAAGCAAAGAUUUUUAUUGGGGUGAAUUGCCUGAGUACAGACUUCUCCUCCCAGAAAGGAGUGAAGGGCGUCCCUUUAAACCUCCAGAUUGACACCUACGACUGCGGCCCUGGGACAAGCCGGCUGGUGCACCGAGCUGUCUGCCAGAUCAAGAUCUUCUGCGAUAAGGGAGCAGAGAGGAAAAUGCGGGACGAUGAGCGCAAGCAGUUCAGAAGGAAAGGGAAAUGCCUGGACUCCAAUAACAACGGUUUGAAAGGCUGUUUGCUGUCUGGCUUUCGAGGGAACGAAAUCACAUUCCUCAGGCCGGAGACGGAUUUAGAAACCGAGCCAGUCUUGUUUAUUCCAAACGUCCAUUUUUCAAAUCUUCAGAGAUGUGGUGUGGUGCUUCCUGCUGCUGCUGUUCCUAACAACGUAAACAGGUUGCCAUUAAAACGGGGCUGUCCCUCGUUCUCGGAUGAGUUUGAUCCUUCACCUUCCAAACUAGCCAAAGAAGAAGAUGCCAAGAGAGUCUUGUUGUAUGUGCGGAGGGAAUCCGAGGAAGUAUUCGAUGCUCUUAUGCUGAAGACACCAGAUCUCCAAGGACUCAGGAAUGCUAUUUCAGAAAAAUAUGGGCUGCCUGAAGAAAGCAUCUAUAAAGUCUAUAAAAAGUGCAAACGAGGCAUCUUGGUGAACAUGGAUAACAACAUCAUCCAGCACUACAGCAACCACAUGGCUUUUUUACUGGACAUAGUGGAAGCAGAGGACAAAAUCCAGAUCAUCCUCAAGGAGUUAUAA